GCUCCGCGGAGGAAGGGACGGAGUCGACAAUAACAAACCCAACCGCGGCGGUGUCCGCGGCCCUGCAGAGCCCUCGGCGCUGCCUUGGGGGGGUCUCCGUAUCGCCCCGGCCCCUCGGCUCUGACCGGCCGCGGCCCCCUGCCCCCCGGCCCCUGACCCAGAGCCGAGGGGCCUGACAGCGUCCCCUCUCCGCCCCGACCCCUCCCUCCCGCCCGGAGCUCGGGGCCGCGACCGGCACCUGGGACGCCGGCGGUUGUGUCGGUUGGCGGUGCCCGAUGGGCGGUUGGUAGCCGCCGCCGCGGACGAGGCGGCGGCGGAAGAUGGUGCCAGGGGCUGCCGGCUCUGCUGCUGCCGCCGGUGGAGGAGGAGGUGCUGCCAGUUCACUGAGUUUAACCAGUAAUGCCAUUCAGUUGCCAAUAUCAAGCAAAGCAAACAUAAGCCAGUUUUAAUCUGCUUUUUAAGAAAAGUGGUAGUCCUUUUCAUAGUGCCUGACGUAACCAGAUCAGAGUGUGAGGUAUAAGCUCACAGAAUCCAGAGAAAUCAUCAUGAAGUUAUAUGUAUUUCUGGUUAACACUGGAACUACCCUGACAUUUGACACUGAACUUACAGUGCAAACUGUGGCAGACCUCAAGCAUGCCAUUCACAGCAAAUACAAGAUUGCUAUUCAGCAUCAGGUGCUGGUGGUCAACGGAGGAGAAUGCAUGGCUGCGGACCGAAGAGUGUGCACCUACAGUGCUGGGACGGACACAAAUCCGAUUUUUCUUUUUAACAAAGAGAUGAUCUUAUGUGAUCGUCCACCCGCUAUUCCGAAAACGACCUUUUCGACAGAAAAUGACAUGGAAAUAAAAGUUGAAGAAUCUCUUAUGAUGCCUGCAGUUUUUCACACCGUUGCGUCAAGGACACAACUUGCGGUGGAAAUGUAUGAAGUUGCCAAGAAACUUUGCUCUUUCUGUGAGGGUCUGGUCCAUGAUGAACACCUUCAACACCAAGGCUGGGCUGCAAUCAUGGCCAAUCUGGAGGACUGUUCAAAUUCUUACCAAAAGCUACUUUUCAAGUUUGAAAGUAUUUAUUCAAAUUAUCUGCAAUCCAUAGAAGACAUCAAGUUAAAACUUACUCAUUUAGGAACUGCGGUUUCAGUCAUGGCCAAGAUUCCGCUGUUGGAGUGCCUAACCAGACAUAGUUACAGGGAAUGUUUGGGAAGACUGGAUUCUUUGCCUGAACAUGAAGGCUCAGAAAAGGCUGAAAUGAAAACCUCCACUGAACUGGUGCUCUCUCCUGAUAUGCCUAGAACAACUAACCCGUCUUUGUUAACCUCAUUUCCCAAGUCAGUGGAACACGUAGCCCCAGAUACCGCAGAUGCUGAAAGUGGAAAAGAAAUGAGGGAAUCUUGUCAAAGUACUGUCCCGCAGGAUGAAACCUCAGUAGAUGCUAAAGACGGUGAUCUGCCUUUUUUUAAUGUUUCUUUGUUAGACUGGAUAAAUGUUCAAGAUAGACCUAAUGAUGUGGAAUCAUUGGUCAGGAAAUGCUUUGAUUCCAUGAGCAGACUUGAUCCAAGGAUUAUUCGACCGUUUAUAGCAGAAUGCCGUCAAACUAUUGCCAAACUUGAUAAUCAGAAUAUGAAAGCCAUUAAAGGACUUGAAGACCGGCUCUAUGCCCUGGACCAGAUGAUCGCUAGCUGCAGCCGACUGGUGAAUGAACAGAAGGAACUCGCUCAGGGAUUUUUAGCUAAUCAGAUGAGAGCUGAAAACUUGAAGGAUGCAUCUGUAUUACCUGAUUUGUGCCUGAGUCACGCAAAUCAGUUGAUGAUUAUGUUGCAAAAUCAUAGAAAACUGUUGGAUAUUAAACAGAAGUGUACCACUGCCAAACAGGAGCUAGCAAAUAACCUACAUGUCAGACUGAAGUGGUGUUGCUUUGUGAUGCUUCAUGCUGAUCAAGACGGAGAGAAAUUGCAAGCUUUGCUCCGCCUCGUAAUAGAACUGUUAGAAAGAGUCAAAAUUGUUGAAGCUCUUAGUACAGUUCCUCAGAUGUACUGCUUAGCUGUUGUUGAGGUUGUAAGGAGAAAAAUGUUCAUUAAACACUACAGGGAGUGGGCUGGUGCUUUGGUCAAAGAUGGAAAGCGAUUAUACGAAGCUGAAAAGUCAAAAAGGGAAUCCUUUGGGAAAUUAUUUAGGAAGUCCUUUUUAAGAAAUCGUCUGUUUAAGGGAUUGGACUCCUGGCCCCCGUCCUUUUGUACACAGAAGCCUCGAAAGUUUGACUGUGAACUUCCAGAUAUUUCAUUAAAAGAUCUACAGUUUCUGCAAUCAUUUUGUCCUUCAGAAGUUCAGCCAUUCCUCAGGGUUCCCUUACUUUGUGAUUUUGAGCCUCUACACCAGCAUGUACUUGCUCUACACAAUUUGGUAAAAGCAGCACAAAGUUUGGAUGAAAUGUCACAGACCAUUACAGAUCUACUGAGUGAACAAAAGGCAUCCAUGAGUCAGGUAUCCCCACAGUCGGCUUCCUCACCAAGGAUAGAAAGUACAGCAGGAAUUGCAACUACUACCUCACCGAGAACUCCUCCUCCGCUCGCCGUUCAGGAUCCCUUGUGUCCUGCGGUGUGUCCCUUAGAAGAAUUAUCUCCAGAUAGCAUCGAUGCACAUACCUUUGAUUUUGAAACUAUCCCUCAUCCAAACAUAGAACAGACUAUUCAUCAAGUUUCAUUGGACUUAGAUUCGUUAGCAGAAAGUCCUGAAUCGGAUUUUAUGUCUGCUGUGAAUGAGUUUGUAAUAGAAGAAAAUUUGUCAUCUCCUAAUCCUAUAAGUGAUCCACAGAGUCCAGAAAUGAUGGUGGAAUCGCUUUAUUCAUCAGUCAUCAAUGCAAUAGACAGUAGACGGAUGCAGGAUACAAACGUAUGUGGGAAAGAGGAUUUAGGAGAUCAUGCUUCUCUAAAUGUCCAGUUGGAAAAGUGCCGACUUGUUGCCCAAGACUCACAUUUCAGUAUACAGACCAUCAAGAAAGACCUUUGCCACUUCAGAACAUUUGUCCAGAAAGGACAGUGUGACUUCUCAAAUUCUUUAAAAUGUACAGCAUUAGAAAUAAGAAACGUUAUUGAAAAGGUAAGAUAUUCUCUGGAAAUGACACUAAAUGAAAAACAUCAAAAAGAACUGCAGUCUUUAAAAAGUGAGUAUGAAGACAGACUUGCUGCACUCAGAAAGGAGAGUGAGGAAAACGAAAACAAAAUUAAAAAGCUGAAAGGAGACUUGGCGUGCCUCGAGGAGGUUUUACAAAACAAAGAUAACGAAUUUGCUCUGGUUAAACAUGAAAAAGAAGCCGUCAUCUGCCUGCAAAAUGAGAAGGAUCAGAAGUUGCUGGAGAUGGAAAGUCUCAUGCGCACGCAGAGCUGCGAGAUCGACGAGCUGAAACACUCGCGGGAGACCGUUCUGGAAGACCUGCAGAAGCUCCACAUGGAAAACGAUGAGAAGAUUCAGUUGUUGCGGACGGAGCUCCAGGGCUUAGAGCAGCGUCACCUCAAGGAGCUCGAGGACGCUCUGCACGCCAGGCACAUGCAGGAGGUCGAGAAGGCUAAGACCGACCACGGGGCGUCUUUGGAGAAAUUGAAGAAGGAGAAUCAGCACAGAAUCGACCAGAUCCAGGAGUCUCAUGCCGCCGCUAUCCAGGAGAAAGAACAACAGCUCCAGGAAUUAAAACUCAAAGUUUCCGAUCUGUCGGACGUGAGAUGUAAGUUAGAGGUUGAACUUGCAUUGAAGGAAGCAGAAACCGAUGAAAUAAAAAUUUUGCUGGAAGAAAGCAGAGCCCAGCAGAAGGAGACCUUAAAAUCUCUCCUUGAACAAGAGACGGAAAAUUUGAGAACAGAGAUAAGUAAACUCAACCAAAAGAUUCAGGAUAAUAACGAAAGCUACCAGGUGGGCUUGGCAGAACUAAGAACUUUAAUGACCAUUGAAAAAGAUCAGUGCAUUUCAGAGUUAAUUAGUAGACACGAAGAAGAAUCUGACCUGCUGAAAGCUGAAUUAAACCAAGUAACAUCCUUGCACCACCAAGCAUUUGAAGUGGAAAAAAACCUGAAAGAAGAAAUAGCUGAACUGCAGAGUAAACUGGAUGCGGAAUUGAGUGCUCUUGAAAAGCAAAAAGAGGAAAAACUCACCCAGCAGGAAGAGAAGUAUGAAGCUAUUAUCCAGAAACUUGAGAAGGACAAAGAGAAAUUUGUCAUGAGCCAGGAACAAGACAGAGAACGGUUAAUUCAGAAGCUUAAUUGUGAAAAAGAAGAAGCUAUUCAGACUGCCCUAAAGGAGUUUAAAUUGGAGAGAGAAGCUGUUGAGAAAGAGUUAUUAGAAAAAGUUAAACAUCUUGAGAAUCAAAUAGCAAAAAGUCUUGCCACUGAAUCUACCAGAGAAGAUUCUUCAAGCCUAGUCGCUGAACUUCAAGAAAAGCUUCAGGAAGAAAAAGCAAAGUUUCUAGAACAACUUGAAGAGCAAGAGAAAAGAAAGAAUGAAGAAAUGCAGAAUGUUCGAACAUCUCUGAUUGCUGAACAACAGACCAACUUUAACACUGUUUUAACAAGAGAGAAAAUGAGAAAAGAAAACAUAAUCAACGAUCUUAAUGAUAAGCUGAAAAGUACAAUGCAACAGCAAGAGCGAGAUAAAGAUCUGAUAGAGUCGCUGUCUGAAGAUCGAGCUCGAUUGCUUGAGGAAAAGAAAAAACUGGAGGAAGAAGUCAGCAAGCUGCGCGGCGGCAGUUUUGUUCCCUCGCCCUACGUAGCCGCGGCCCCGGAACUUUACGGAGCAUGCGCACCGGAACUGCCCGGCGAGCCAGAGAGGUCAGGCCCGGAAACGCAAGACGAAGGCAAAGCGGACCCGGCGAUGGAGACCAGCACGAUGUCUGUACAAGAAAAUAUCCAUAUGCUCUCUGAAGAAAAACAGAGAAUAAUGCUGUUAGAACGAACAUUACAAUUGAAAGAAGAAGAAAACAAGCGGUUAAAUCAAAGACUGAUGUCUCAGAGCAUGUCUUCGGUAUCCUCAAGGCAUUCGGAAAAGAUAGCUAUUAGAGAUUUUCAGGUGGGAGAUUUGGUGCUCAUCAUCCUGGACGAGCGCCAUGACAAUUACGUGUUAUUUACCGUUAGUCCAACCUUGUAUUUCCUGCAUUCGGAGUCUCUGCCUGCCCUGGAUCUGAAACCAGGUGAGGGUGCUUCAGGUGCAUCUCGAAGACCCUGGGUACUUGGAAAAGUAAUGGAAAAGGAAUACUGUCAAGCCAAAAAGGUAAAAACUACAUCAGAUAAAAUAAACCUAGGAAUCAUAAGGAAGAUUGAGAUUCACAUACUCCUUGACACAGAAAUUGUUAAUAGCGCAGUGGUUGGGUUUUAGCUCACUGGAUCGAGUUAGGCCUGGUUAGGCCUUGAGUUUAAGGAGUGUGAGUACCAACCAGGAGUUUUACAAGGAUUUGUUAUUUCUCUUUAGAGAGUAGACAUGGAUAGAUGAUUACCAACAACUCAUCAGCCUGUACAUGAAAACUACUACGCUCUUCAGUGACUAUCCAGUCAUUAGUGUUUUCGUGUGCGAAGAAAGAACACGUAGCAUAACUGAUGAUUGAGUGCAUCUGUUUGUAGGCAGAGUUGUUCUCUUAUUUUCAUAUGCUGUCCCCCGGGAAGGAAGAUAAUGUGAACUAUCUGAUGGCUGAACACGUCCCUGACUGUAGCGUCAGCACUGUCGACACCGUAGAGUCGGUGGAAUCUACCGAACGGUUUGGGGCCUCUCUGCUCCAAAGCACUGAUGGAACUUAAACUGUGUACUGACAGUUCUUCGGUACGAAAUCGUGACCUGUGGCUCCGUUUGUACCGUAUUGUUGAGCAACGAUUACCAGCUCUUUCUUCCAUCAAUGUUAGUGGUUCCGUGUACUCUCAGCCUGGGGAGGGGCGGGGCUUGGGCACUUCGGUAAAGACUUCUGCUCGCCCGUGCUCCCCAGCCCCCAGUACUCUCGCACUGAGUAGUACAAUCGGACAGUGCUGUGUAGUUUGGUUUUAACCAUUGAAGUCAUUCCUCUUCUUUUCUUCUUAGGCACAAAACCGAUUCAAGGUUCCUCUGGGGACAAAGUUUUACAGAGUGAAAGCUGUGUCAUGGAAUAAGAAAGUAUAACUUAAGGAAGAGAUCAAACGUCCCGUGACACCUUCCUGAUCUGUCCUACAGUGCUUACUCAUCACUCCAAGAACAGCAGGCCGUCUUUUUAUACGGAGGUCGCCGUGACAAUACACUUCACUGGUGUAUAUCACUUCCUUUUUAACUGGCUACGUUUUAGGAACAAUAAAUUCAUCAAAAGCCUUGGCCGACUUAAAAUGGUUUUGUUUUUGGUUUUUUUACCCAAAUAACUAGAAAUGCGGACCAAAGUAGUUCAUUUUCUCAAAGGGCAUACCCUGCAUUGUGGCUUACGGUGAGCCAUAUUAAUUGCCUGUUACAUAUACAUUAGCUUGGACUUAGAUAGUAAAUGUUAGCUCUUAUUACCAGCAUUUGUCCUUUUGUGAAAUCAAUAUCAGAAAACUUGCACUCUGAAACACAUUCUUUAUAAAAUGUAUAAAUUCUUCAGAACUAUUUAAAGAGGAGUGUUACUGCAUGCAGAUAAUCAUAACUUUGAGUUUGCGUCUGUAGAUUACUAAAGCAAAUUGUUUCAUUUAUUUUUUUAAAUGCCCUUUGACGUUUCAAAAUAAAAACCUGUCAUUCGAUCGACUGAUGUUAAGGCCAGCCGUAAUCAGCAGUCUUCAAAAGCACUUUGAACAGCGGCCACCUGGGUUCUACGGGGAAGCGUGUGUGCUCUUGACCGUUUCAAACGCGGCACUCAAAACCUUCCCGACCUCUUUUGAUUUGGGUUGGAAAUAAUCCUGUUGAUGAAAUCGUAAUCCAUGGUUUGAGUUCAGAAAAAGCAUAUUCAUUGUACAUUAACCAUUUAGAGGUCAUUUAAAUAACAAAAUAUUGUAUUGUAAAAGACAUGUAGAAUUUUAAAACAAUAAAGAUUUGAACCUGUAAA